AUGGUUCGCACGUACGACAAAGACUUCUUCUCACACGCCGCCCAGGCAGCCAAGCCAAAAAGGAUAGUCGUCUGCUGCGACGGCACAUGGCAGUCGGCGACGUCGAUUGACCCCAAGAACGGGUGUCCCUCCAACGUGGCCCGCCUCAGCCGAGUUCUCGCAAGGGCGGGUCUGGAUCGCGAUGAGAACGAGUGGCAGCAGCUGGUCUACUACGACUCGGGCGUCGGCACGGGCGACAUCACCUCCGUCGAGGCCGCCAGACAAGGCUCCCAGGGCCUCGGCCUCCUCGAGAAUGUGCUGGAGGCCUACAACUUCAUCGCCUCCAACUACAGUGCCGGAGACCAUCUCUACUUCUUCGGCUUUUCCCGCGGCGCCUACACGGUCCGCGCGGCGGCUGGUCUGACCCAAGAGGUCGGCAUCAUCCAGGGUUACCUGAUGCCCUACUUCCUGGAGCAGUACGGCAACUACAUCCGAGCCGAAGACUUCUCCAAGCCAUUCACGCAGACCAAGUUCUGGAAGGACUUCACAUCCAAAAGCCCCGAGCCCGUCGUCACGGCGGCCAAGGACGUCGUGAUCCAGAUCAUCGGCGUGUGGGACACGGUCGGUUCGCUCGGCGUGCCCGACCUCGGCCACUGGCUCAAAAAGGACAACUCCGGCUGGCGCAAGGCGUACCAGUUCUACAACACCGACCUCAGCGCGAACGUCCAGCACGCGUACCAGGCCCUCGCCCUCGACGAACGCCGCACCCCCUUCUCCCCAUGCCUCUGGUGCGUCAAGGAAGGCAACAAGACGACCAAGCUCGUGCAGUGCUGGUUCCCAGGCGCGCACAUCAACGUCGGGGGCGGCAACUCGGCCAACGCGGGGCACGAGAACCCGCAGGGCGACCGCGAGCAGCUGGCCAGCAUCACGUACGCGUGGAUGCUGGACCGGAUCCGGCCGAACCUGGCGGUCGACGACGCGGCGCUGGCGGCGCAGCUGGCCGACAUCGAGGCCACGCUCCAGCACCCGGAGAAGGCGGGCGGCGAGGUCUCGGCGUGGGAGCGCAGCCAGGACUGGGUCUGGGGCAAGAUCGAGGACAGCUACACCACCAUGUACAAGAUCUUCGGCUCGCCCGCCGACCGGACGCCCCGCGAGUAUCACGCCAGGGAGGCGGGGUACACGGUCGAGCGCGUCCAUCCGACGGUGCACUUUCGGCAGCAGUACCACCGGGAGCUGAAGCGGACGGACAAGUCGUUGGUGGUGUACGAGCCGGCUGCCAUGCGUGGGUGGGAGCGCGUCAUGGAUGAGCACGGCUAUGGCAAGGACCUGCAGCAGCGCAAGGGCUGGGUGUGGGCCAAGUAUAAGAAAGACGCCAAGGGGAAGAAGGUGCUCGACGAGCAGCAGAAGCCGGUGAUUGAGAAGAGCAUGUGGGAGUUUGAGAUUGGCGAGCUGCCAGAGAGCAAAAGCGUCGAGCAGUGGCUGAUCAACAGAUCGUGGAACGUGCAGGCCUAUUACAGCGAUGUUCAACAGGGCUGGGAGAAGUAG